UCUUUUCUGCCUCCUGGGCUGAGGACCUGGGGCGGCCUUUCCAUGACUCGGAGGAGCGGCACCCUUGAUUCUUCUCUAGGGUUAGUAAAAUGUGGAAACUGUGCCCGGCCGACGAGACCGGAGGAGGACCAUUGUAUCGACUUCUAGUUGGUGUUGAGUAUGUUGUUGGACGAAAGAAUUGUGGAAUUUUAAUUCAAAAUGAUCCAUCAAUCAGCCGAAGUCAUGCAGUCCUUUCAGUUAAUCAUCCCCAAGUGAAUCUUAGUCAAUUUUCUUCAUUUCCUGAAUUAACUUUAAAAGACACUUCAAAAUAUGGUACGUUUGUUAAUGGAGAAAAUCUACAAAAGGGUAAUACCAUAACAUUAAAUACUGGUGACAGAAUCACUUUUGGAGUCUCGGAAAGCAAAUACAGAGUUGAAUAUGAACCACUGGUAGUGUGUUCUUCAUGCUUAGAUGUUUCACAGAAAAAUAUUUUAAAUAAAAAUAUUCUUCAGUUGGGUGGCCAUGUAGUAAAUGAGUGGAACGAAGAAUGUACCCAUCUUGUUAUGGUUCUAGUGAAAGUUACUGUGAAGACAAUAUGUGCAUUGAUUUGUGGUCGACCAAUUAUGAAGCCGGAAUAUUUCGAUGAAUUAAUCAAAGCCAUUCAAGCAAAGCAAACGUUACCACUGCCUGAAAGAUUUUUUCCACGAAUUGGUGAACCAAGUAUUGAGAGUGAAAAUAUAGAUCUGACCAAGUGUCCUAGAAGAAGAACUAUUUUCAGAGGAAAACUGUUUAUGUUUCUAACAGCAAAGCAGCAUGCAAAAUUGAGUUCAGCAAUUAAGCUUGGAGGCGGAGAAGCAAGACUGUUGACUGACAAAACAGAAGAUACUGCUGUUUUAAUAACAUCUAACACUUGUGUGAUUGAAGUAGGAUCUACAAACUCCCAACCAUCACUUUCUAUCUUGGACAAAAAAUGGAUUGAUAAUAUCACAGCUGCCUUGCAAAGGAAGAACUACAGAACAAUCUCAGAGGCAGAAAUCGGUUUAGCAGUUAUUUUUGCAUCUACAGAAAAAUACUGCAAUCCUCAAAUUUCACCCAGUGGAGAUAUAAAAACUGCUACCCUGGCAUCCCAACUAAGUCAGUCUCAGAGUGUGGCAGUGGAGGAAACAACAAUGCCUUCCAACCAAGAGGACAUCAGUGCAUUUGUAGCUGACACAGAAAUGGAUGAAGUGAUGGACACAUUACUUAUGGAAUUAUCACAAGACGAAAAAAAGCCUGUAACCCAGUCACAGGAUAUAAUGACUGUUAGGGAGACUCCAGAAGGAACAGGUAGUGUAAACCGAGAAAGAAUCCUGCCCCAGCUAAAGAAGACACACGGAGCUGAUUUUGCCAGUCUAGCAUGUUUAUCUUCUGAAAUUUCAAGUCAUAGCAGGAACAGAGAGGAAGAUUCACAACAACUCAAUUCGAUUAAAAAUUACUUUCAGACCACUGUUAAAAAAAGAGAAAGGAAUGAGGAAUUAGAAACACCAUUAUCAAAACAUGCAAAGAUGGAUAAGAAGUCAUCACAGGUUUCCCAUCAAACACCAUCUGUACCUUUUUUGCUACGGGAAAACAAUGUGGAUUCUCAAAAAGGACAGCGUGCAGCAACACAAGGAGUAAGUGACUCAAACUUGGACUCAAGAAAAUCUUCAAUAGUGGAAAAUAACAAGUUAAAGCAAACAGGAAUGAAAAGUAUCCUUCUUGAAAUGCCUGCAUCAAAGAAGAGAAAGAAAAUAGAGGAUCCUGUGGAAGAUGAAGCUUCUUUAGAACUUGUAUUUGCAAGCCAAGAAUUGGAUCUAGAAGAGAAUAUAGGAGAACAGGAUGCGAAAAACACUCAGAAUGCAAAGAAGAAAGUGAAAUUGGAUCUUAAAGAAACCACUUUAAGAAACACAGAAACAAAAAUAGAAGCCACUAGAUUUUUGAAUCCAGGUAAAUGUGGAGAUGUUUCAAGCUAUCUCCCUAAUAAACUUUUGCUAAUGGAAUUUAGAUCAUUGGUUGUUACUCAACCAAGGAAAAUCAGUCCUCAAGCAAAUUCAGACUAUGGACAUCUGAGCAACUUUAAAAAAUUUAAAAAG